UCUGUCCUUAAUUCUCUCUCCAUAGCCGGAACUCUUCUCUUCUCCGAUUACCUCUCGCAGUGGGUAUUAUAAGGAGGUGUUUCCUUAUUAGGCGACCACCAUGGAGGUUGACGAACAAUCACUCUCACAAUCAAGAACAAAAAAGUCCAAGAAGAGGAGCAUUGAAGAGGGUCUCAAUGAGGCAUUGGAAUCAGUAAAACAUAAUCCCGGAACAAAACAUGAGAAUUUGCAAGUCAAAAUCCAACUUUUCCAAGAGCAAUCAAACAAGAUUCCACCUUUACUCGCCUAUUUCCCAUCUGGUUAUAAUCCUUGCAAAACCCAACAAGAGGAAGGAGGAGCCAACGAACCCAAGGUUAAAGUUUUCAGAAACAUGGCUCAGAGAAAGAGUAAUAGGCUUCAGGUUGUAGUUAGCCCUAGUGGAUCGAAUGUCGAUUUUGUGGGAUCGAGUUACACGGGUGAGGCUGCUGCCGCACAAGUUUGCAGGUACUCACUCGGUGUUCUUGAUAAGGAAGCCGGGACCCUCAAAAUCAUUCCUAUCGCUACGAAUAAGAUAUUUAGAUUGGAACCAAGAGUUAGAACCUCGGAAACUUCUAAUGAAGAUGCGUCAAUGUCCGCAAAGAGUGAACUUACCACCGAUAAAAAAGACAUGCUGGACAAGCUAGGAGAGCUUACUGCGCUUUAUGGAACAAAGAGGGAUAGGAAGAAGAGGAAGGAUUUUAUUGAUUUGAAGAAGGAAGCUGAUCCUGAAUCACAAAAAGCUCUAGAGAAGAAGAUCGGGGAAGUGGCCUUCGACAAGGAUGCUUUGGCAAACACCAGUGCGGUUAUUGCUCGUAAUAUCCCUCCGCACGAUGUUUCUGCUACUACUCCCCCAAAAGCUUACCCUCUAGACAAGAUCAUUCUCAAGGGAGACUGGGAUUUUCUUGGGGAUAUUUAUAAGCUUGUGGAAGCAGGCGAAAAAGUAGCCAACACUGCCUAUCCACAUUUUGUUUGCAACAGAAUCCGAAAAUUGGAUGCCACUCAGGACGAGACACAGAAGUGGCAACUGUCUUGCGUGUUUUCGUAUAUUACUCAUCUUGUGAAGUUCAGAGAUCAGUUCUCCAUGGGGCAGACUGCUUCUGCUAAGAACCAUAAUAUCCCGAGCAUCAUACGCCACAGAUUUAUGAACAUGUUUACUGAUCCAGGUUCAAAAAUACUGGCCAGUGAGAAGAUCGAUCUUCUGAUUAGUUAUGUCUUGGUGCUCACUUUACAUGUCGACGGAUUUCGAACCGACCCAUCGGAUAUAGCGAACGACCUCAGAAUCAGUAAAGUAGAUUUGAGACGUCAUUUUCUGAACUUGGGGUGCAAACUCGUGCAUCAGAGCAGCGUAUUGUAUGCUACUCUUCCCGUGCCUCUAAAUUUUCCUUCUGAGAAUCUCAGGAAGAAGCGCAGGCAGUAGAUGGAUCGGCAUGGAUCGGCGAGUUUUCAAAUUGGCAGUGUGAGUAUGAAUCCAUGACAAAUUUUGAUUUAUUGAUGUUUUCCAUAUUUUUUAUUUGAGGUAGAGGGUUUUUGAAGCCAAGGUGCAUGGGAUGAUU